GCAGAAUGUAUUGACCAGAUUAUAAAUGAGAAAUUUCAAUAUUUGCACCACACAGUUUCAGCUAUUGAGAAGUAUUUAGUGGGAAUUGAAUCUCGUACUGGUGGAGUGGAAUUGUUGUUGAAAGUUGGAUUAGGUGGUGUCCAUUUUGUGGGGACAUGGGGGAUGGGUGGUGUGGGGAAGACAACAGUUGCAAGAAAAAUCUUUGACAAUAUUUCUAACCAGUUUCAAGGGUCUUGUUUUCUUGCAAAUGUUCGAGAAGAUUCAAAGAAGCAUGGGAUGAAACACUUGCAAAUGACACUUCUUUCAAUAAUCCUAAAUGAAAAAUCUAUGGAUAUAGCAAGUUUCUAUGAAGGAGCUGACAUGAUAAAAAGAAAGCUUUGCCUCAGGAAGGUUUUAAUUGUUUUUGAUGAUGUGGAUGAUGACCACCAGUUGGAGUAUUUAGUUGGAAAGCAUGAUUGGUUUGGUGAUGGCAGUCGAAUCAUUACAACAACCAGAAAUGCAGAUUUACUUCGUUGCCACGACGAGUUAUAUUCUGUUCCUGAAUUGGCUAAAAGUGAGGCUCUUGAAAUUUUUAGUUGGUACGCCUUUCGAAGAAGGACUCCCGAUAAAGAGUUUUUUAAACUCUCCAAGUCUGUAGUAGAUUAUGCAAAAGGCUUACCCUUAGCUCUUAUGGUUUUGGGUUCGUUUCUCUACAAACAAGGCAUAACUGACUGGAGAAGUGCAUUGGAUAGACUCAAAGAUACUGGAUACGAAGAAAUUAUUAAGCAGCUCAGCUUAAGUUUAGAUGGAUUGACCUAUGAAGACAAGAAUAUAUUUCUUGAUAUUGCAUGCUUCUUCAGGGGAAAACGGAGAGAUGACGUGAUAACAAUUCUAAAUAGUUUUGGCUUUAAAUCAGAGAUUGGAAUGGAUGUCCUUUCUAAAAAGUCACUUUUUUAUAUUUCAGAGGGAAUGGUUGAGAUGCAUGAUUUGAUAGAACAAAUGGGUCAGCAAGUGGCACGUGAUGUUGAUCAGGACAAGCCAUGGAAUCAUAGUCGAAUAUGGCAUGAAAAAGAUAUAGAAACUGUUUUUUAUACAAAUCAGGUAUGCAUUGUUGUGAAAGGCGAUCACCUCAUCUCCAAAGGCGAGAGGCGAGGUGACCCUUCAUCGCCUUUUAGCUUUGUGGCGAGGCGAUCUUCAAAAGGAGACGCCAUGGCGACAAAAGGCAAGAGGCGAGAGGCUUUGUAUGUUCCUUUUGUUGCCUUAAAAACUUCUGCUAUUCCUUUCAAGCCAUAUGGUCCACCAAAUGGCUUGAGGAAUGGUAUUCCUAGUCUUCCAGGAUUACGUUAUGAACCAGUUUCUGACAUUAUUGAAUUUCUCCCCAGUAGCUUGAAAUGGCUUGAUUGGUUUUACUACAGUUUUGAAUCUUUACCAGCAAAUUUUCAACCACGAAACCUUGUUGGGCUCAACAUGACUUUUAGUUCUCUUGUUGAAAUUUGCAAGGAACCAAAGGCAUUUGACAAGCUGACAAUUCUCAAUUUAAGUUUUUCACAAAAUUUACUCCGAACACCCAAUUUUUCUGAGAUUCCAAAUCUGCAAAGAAUUGUGCUGAAAAGUUGUUUAAGCUUGGUUGAGGUUCAUCCAUCCAUUGGCAAUCUCAAAAAGCUUAUUUCUCUGAACAUGAAGAACUGUAAAAAUCUCAAGUUCUUACUGAGCAGUAUUCAAAUGGAAUCUCUUGAGAGCCUCAACCUGUCUGGUUGUGAGAAAUUAGAAGUUCUUGCAGAAAUUCAGGGGAAUAUGGAAUUACUAUCAGAGCUUCUUUUGGGAUGUACUGCAAUUCGGGAACUGCCAUCGUCAAUAGGACAGCUAUUUGGCAUCAGCUUACUUGAUUUGCAUUCAUGUGAAAAUCUUGUAAGACUUCCAGCCAGUUUUAGCAAGAUGAGAAAACUGAAAGUUUUGAUUCUAAAGGCUGCUCAAAUCUGGCAACUUUUCCAGAAAGCCUGGGUGAUCUAGAUGAGUUGGAGGAGCUCUAUGCUGGAAACACUGCCAUUUGGAAACUACCAGAUUCUAUGGAAAAGUUGAGCAAACUUAAA